AUGGCUCAAUCUAUGCAAAUGCCGGAUAUGUCCAAUGCCAUCAUGGCACAGGACGAGAUGGGGAGACCCUUCGUCAUCGUGAGGGACCAGGGGAACAAGAAGAGGGAACACGGCAUUGAGGCGAAGAAAUCGCAUGUACUGGCUGCCAGGUCUGUUGCAUCCAUUAUCAAGACGUCGCUGGGGCCUAGAGGGCUCGACAAGAUUUUGAUCUCUCCAGAUGGGGAAAUCACCAUCACGAAUGACGGGGCGACCAUCCUGUCGCAGAUGGAAUUGAACAACGAGAUCGCUAAAUUGCUAGUGCAAUUGUCUAGGGCACAGGACGAUGAGAUUGGUGAUGGUACCACUGGGGUUGUUGUGUUGGCGAGUGCCCUGCUGGACCAAGCAUUGGAACUCAUUGACAAGGGGAUCCACCCGAUCAAGAUUGCCAACGGGUUCGACGAGGCAGCGAAACUGUGUGUCGCCCAUUUGGAAUCGACCACAGAUGAUGUCGGGAACGACGAAACGCUUUUCACGCAGCACUUGUUCAAAGCGGCGAGAACGUCCCUUGGGUCCAAGAUCGUCUCGAAAAACCACGAUAAGUUUGCACAGAUGGCUGUUGACGCAGUCACCGCAGUUAUGGAUAAAGACAGGAAAGAUGUCGAUUUCGACCUUAUCAAGUUACAAGGUCGUGUAGGUGGGUCCCUGCUUGACUCCACGUUGAUCAACGGGGUUAUCCUCGAUAAGGAUUUCUCGCACCCACAGAUGCCUAAAAUGGUGCUGCCAAAGGAGGGAGCCAAAGAUGUCAAAUUGGCCAUUCUGACUUGCCCCUUCGAGCCUCCUAAACCAAAGACUAAACAUAAAUUGGAUAUCUCCACAGUGGAGGAGUACAACAGACUACAAUCGUACGAACAGGACAAAUUCAAAGAAAUGAUAGACGACGUCAAAAAAUCCGGUGCAGAUGUGGUCAUAUGUCAAUGGGGGUUCGACGACGAGGCAAACCACCUGUUGCUGCAAAACGAACUGCCAGCGGUCAGAUGGGUCGGUGGCCAAGAACUAGAACAGAUUGCCAUCUCGACUAACGGCCGUAUCGUCCCCAGAUUCGGAGACCUGUCAGCCGACAAACUGGGAUCCUGUAGUAAGAUAUACGAAAUGGAAUUCGGUACCACGAAGGACAGAAUGCUCGUUAUAGAACAAGAUACGGGCUCCAAAACGGUAACAUGCUUCAUCCGUGGGUCCAACAAGAUGAUAGUCGACGAGGCACAGCGUGCCCUGCACGAUUCCCUAUGUGUCGUCCGUAACCUGGUUAGGGACUCCCGUGUAGUGUAUGGGGGUGGUGCCGCAGAGAUAACAAUGUCCUUGGCUUUGUCCGAAGAAGCGGACAAACAAUCCGGGCUUGGCCAGUAUGCGUUCAAUGCCUUCGCAGCCGCGCUAGAUACUAUUCCCAUGACUUUGGCAGAGAAUUCUGGUCUUGAUCCAAUCGAAACUUUGACCAACUUGAAGAGUAAGCAGAUCAACGAAAAGAUAUCCACCGCUGGGGUCGACUGUCUCGGUAAAGGUACUAUUGACAUGAAAGAACUGUUCGUAGUGGAUCCAUACAUUGGCAAGAAACAACAGAUCCUCUUGGCAACGCAGUUGUGCAGAAUGAUCUUAAAGAUCGAUAACGUCAUCAUAAGCGGGAAGGACGAAUAUUAG